CACCAGUCGCUGCCAGUCGAAUAAGUUCCAUUAAGCAGUGUAAAGUCCAAAGAUAGCAGUCUUCGUGCGUUUUUCGUAGAGUUUGGUGUUCAUUCGCAAUUCGUAAAAAUGAGUGAUCGUAGUGUCAUGAUUGUCUCGGCUGUCAGGACACCCAUAGGAUCAUUCUGUGGGUGCUUGUCUUCCUUGACAGCGUCAGAAAUGGGAAGUAUUGUUAUUAAGGAAAGUCUGAAAAGAGUUGGAUUAAAGGGAACAGAAGUUUCUGAAGUCAUUAUGGGACAGGUACUUGCUGCAGGAGAAGGUCAAAACCCCGCGAGACAAGCAGCAGUCAAUGCUGGCAUACCUAUUGAUGUUCCUGCUUAUCAACUAAACAUGUUGUGUGGCUCUGGCCUACAGUCUGUAAUAAAUGGUUAUUCUUCCAUAAAAUCAGGAGAAAGUGAUAUAAUUGUGGCUGGUGGUCAAGAAAGCAUGAGCAGAGCACCGCAUGCCACUUACCUCAGGAAUGGUAUAAAAAUAGGGAAUUGUAAUUUAAUUGAUACAAUGAUGAAUGAUGGUUUAACAGAUGCCUUCUAUAAUAUUCACAUGGCAAUCACAGCCGAGAAUGUUGCUGAAAAAUAUGCAAUAAGUAGAGAGGCACAGGAUUGCUAUGCGAGUAAAUCUCAGCAGAAGACAGAGACUGCUAUUAAUGCUGGAUAUUUUGACAAAGAGAUUAUUCCAGUAACCAUAGCAAGUAAAAAAGAAUCUAUUAUUAUAUCUAAGGAUGAAUUUCCGAAAUUUGGAAUGACUGUGGAGAAACUUGCAAAAUUAAGACCAGCAUUUAAACCGAAUGAUGGCACAAUUACUGCUGGCAAUGCAUCUGGUAUAAAUGAUGGUGCAGCUGCUGUAGUUCUUAUGUCUCAAGAAGUUGCUGCAAGUAAAGGAAUUUCACCGAUAGCUAAAAUUGUUGCAGUAGCAACGAUUGGAGUUGAUCCUCAGAUUAUGGGUAUUGGCCCUGUUGAAGCUGUUAAAUUAGUCCUGAAAAAAGCGAAUUGGUCAAAGGAGGAAGUGGAUUUUUAUGAGCUAAACGAAGCCUUUGCAGCACAAGCAAUUGCAUGUGUUCAAGAACUCGGAUUAGAUCCUGAGAAAGUUAAUGUAAAUGGCGGUGCUAUCGCUCUAGGCCAUCCUAUCGGCAUGUCUGGAACAAGAAUAUUGGUCACCCUGUUACACAUUUUAGAAAGAACUGGAAAGAAAAAGGGUGUCGCAUCGUUGUGCAUUGGAGGAGGAAUGGGCAUUGCCAUGGCUGUUGAAAGAAAAUAACACAUAAAUGAUUUAUAUAUAAAUCUUAUACGAAAUUUUAUUAUAUUUUCAUUAAAGCAUUUCUCUUGAUAAUAAUAGCAUUUCUCUUAUGCUGUAUGUUGAAUAAUGAUAGGACAUUUAUUAUGAAACAGUGUUAAAGUUGCAUAUUUUUACAAUAUAUAUUUUACAGUAUUUUUAUACAUAAUGUAAAAAUAUAUCAUUGUAAAUCGUAUAAAAUAUUACCAUGCUAACCUUUGUAGCUAAUUUGAAAUAUAAAAAUAUAUUCAA